AUGAAUAUGAAUGAGCCAAAGAAAGCCGCAAUUUUAUAUUUUUUAUCAAGUAGUGAUGACGAAGAUGAGGAUGCAAAUUUGAAGAAUCCAAAUUUUUUCCUAAAGAGAUUCCUUACACAAUUACAGUUUGUUCUCCAGAGACUCAUAUUUUAUCAUAUUUAUAGUUUUCUGCAAACAAAUGUAGUCUACGUGAUGUAUCGGAACAUAUCAGGAAUACCAGGUGUUAUUGGAUGUAUUGAUGGAACUUCAAUUCCAAUCCGAACUCCUGCUCAUAAAAUAAAAAGUACCUAUACAAAUAGGCAUGACACACCUUCAAUUACUCUUCAAGGUGUAUGUGACUACAAAAAGAGAUUUGUUGAUGUAUUUACUGGUGCCCCUGGUAAAAUACAUGAUUCUAGAGUGUUUGCAUUAUCAGAUUUGAGCAAAACGCUCCCAAUUAAAUGUGAUAAAAAAUUUCAUUUAAUUGGUGAUGGUGCAUACAGUUUACGAGAGUGGUUGCUUAUUCCAUACAAAGAUUAUGGAAGGUUAACGGAAACCCAGAGAUACUUUAAUAAAAGAUUUUGUGCAACUAGAGUGUUGAUUGAGAAUUCAUUUGGACUCCUAAAAUCUAGAUUUAGACAGUUGCUGCAAUUAGACAUUCAUUCUGUAGAUAAAAUAACAAAAUUUAUUGUAUCAUCAUGUGUAUUACACAAUUUAUGCAUUGAUAUGAAUGACCACAUUAUACCUGAAGAUGUCGAUGAAGAUGAUUUGAGUGUAGUCGAAGAACCAGAUAAUAUAAUGGAUUCAGAAAUGAUACUCAAAAGAAAUGGUGAAAGAAAGCGUGAAGCAAUACAAAAUAGUUUACAAUUUAUGUGA